AGAGGACUCUCCUCCUCUGGGCAGAGGAUAAACUGAUAGAUUAGUUUAAGAGAUAACCUUGCCUCGCAGUAGUCAAUCCUCAGAGCUUGAUUUCAGGCAACAUAUAAAAGAAUAUUGAUGACCAAUUGAGGGCCAGAAUUUUUGCAUGACAGCUAACGAUCAAGCUAAUGUCUAAAUACAGACGAUGGAAAUCCUAUUUGUGGUUAGGUUCAACUGAAGAUCGAGCUUAGCUAACAAGUCAGAUGCAAUAGAAACGAAUGGGAAAUAUUAUCGAAAAAUAUACCAAUCUGACUAGCAAAACAGACAACAUCAUGGCAAAGAGUUCUCCCUCUGGGUUGCGAAUUGGCGAAUGCGAUGAACUUGUCCAAGGCGCACAAUCAGAGUGGAUCACCAAAGUCGUGGCCUUCAUCWUUAUAUUUUUAUUGUGUAUCUUUUGGAAUUCAWUUGUUAUUUUCUUGAUMUACAAGUCAAAAAGGCUUCACAAGGACAUGUGYUACUUGGUCGUUAACAUGGCCGUAGCCGACAUGUUGGUCAUGUCACUUGGCUUAAGAGAAUGGAUGAGUAUUCUUCUCUCYAACUCUCGAUCAUGGAAGAUAGGAGGAGCGUUAGGGACUGUAACUUGCAAAAUCGUCACUCUGUUUCGAUUUGUGGCGCCUAUUGURUCGCUGACGACAUUGAUCGCAAUAUCUGUCGAGCGCCUUCGAGCCGUGUCAAGCCCCACCAGGGUACAACCUGCAGGAAAAUUGCUUUUCUGUUCCCUGCUAAGUUUGACAUGGUUGAUUCCUAUUGCCUUGUACAGCUACACUCUCUAYGCCUUUGAUGUAAUAUCAUUCAGAGACGAAUUGUACUGCAUUGAUCUCUAUUUAGAUAAAAACGGCUGGGUUCUUUACUACUUUGUAUUUUACGUUAUCGUUGUCGUGAUGUUCUUCACCCUCGUCUUUCUCGACAUAGCGAUUAUGAAGAAGCUGUACAAGACCCAGCGAGCAAUUCAGCUUUCUGAUUCACAAAAGAAGAAAAGAGAGAUCAAGUUCGUACGAGCCGUACGCAUGAUCACAUGCUGUUCAGUGCUGUUUGUCGUUUGCUGGGGCCCGAGAAGCUGUCUACGAUUUCUCGAUCACCUCAAUGUCUUUGAGUUCGAUUAUUGUGUCACCAAAGAUUUCUUUUUCUGUAUCGAUUUUCUUUUCUAUUUGAAUUUUUCGUCUUCGCCAAUAGUUUAUUUUACGUUUUUAAAGGAUUUUCGCGAUGCCAUGAAGGAAACUAUCCGCUCUCUUAGGRAGAAAUGAUGACAAAAAAGUUGGCAAUUGAAAAGAAAAUGUCAUAAGAAGAAGAACAAAGAAAAUCUAAACAAAUAAGGAAAAGAAAAAAGAAGAAAAAAAGAAAGCAAAA